AUGACCAAUUGCUACGCAUCCGAAUGGCCAAGCCGCUUCUCGACUCGGGAUUCUUUGCAUCCUCUCAUUGCCUCCAUCGACUUGCCGCAAUCGGCUGUCCGAAAUUCAGCGACCAAGUCAGAAUGUGAACAGAAAGCGGCGUCUGCCGAGUCCUGGAAAUACAGGUUCGCUACUGCAUUUUUGCAGAGAGGCGCCAAUUCUCUCCUCGGAUGUUCGACCGCCAACUCGUCGAAACUGCUUGAGGGUAAUUAG